GCCAGUGAUCUAUGAGUUGAGUUCAGAUAAAGACCGCCCUCUGGAAGAAAAGGAAUGUGCACUACAUAAACAAGUUCUGAAAUCAAAUCACUUUUCUCUUCCUUGAUUUUUUUCUUUAGUUUGUCGAAAUGUUGCUGCAGUUUGUUGCUGAAGGAGCUGCCAGUGGACUGAAUGUCAUUGCUGUGUAUUUAUCUGAGAUUCUCAGAGCAACUGGAGUCAACGAUAUCAGUGCCUCAUUUCACCGCAGAGGGCGUGUCUGCUGUGACCAAGUGGGCCUUGCUGGCUCUGAUUGGAUACUGGCUCCUGUCCUUGUUGCUUCGAGUCACCGUGGGGCUUGUGCGGCAAGUGUUUUGGCUGAUUAAGGCAGUCGUGGUGCUGUGGCUGUUUGUGCGGAUCGUCUCUGACCCCGCCGCCUCCACUGAACACACUACAGCGAGACUGACUCUACUAGUGCUCAUCUGUGCAGUGUUUGGAGUCGCUACGAGCAGCUGCGGUGGGACAGCAGGCAGUCUUGAAACCCGAAUCAGAAGACUGGAGGGACAAGUCAAAGGCCUGGAACAGAAGAAAACACAGUAAGGAGCAGCAAAAAACAAGCAUGCGGACUCAUGAUAACUGGGAGAUGACAUCUGAAGUGUUUUAUCAACUCACAACAGCCUUAGGAGUAUUUAUAUCUGAUCUUGCCAGUUCUUUCUUGUUUUGAAUAUGUUUCAUAAUUCAUAAGGCCACGGAGACUACUCCCUUAUUGUUUUAACUAAAAUGUAAAGCAAGAAGAAAAAGCGUCAUCCUAGAGCUCCUAGAGAAUUUAAAGUGCUACCAUUAAAGUUUUCCUUGAUUGUUUCAUGUAA